CUAAGGGUCACAGGAGCUCUGAAAAAAUAAGGUGUUGAGACAACCCCACUAUGACAUGCAUUCGAGGAGUCCCUAUCUCUGGAGAACCCUUUACAGCAGUGAAUAAACCUCCUACUGGGGAGGUCUCCGACUUGAAUCAGCAGGUGUGGAUCCUUCAGGGUCAGACCAUUGUGACAGUUCCACGGAGUAACAGUGUAAUCCCAGUCACUGUCACUGUUGUCCCAUGCAAGUAUCCAGAGUUGCUUGAGCAAGGAAGAGGAGUUCCCAUUUAUUUGGGAAUAGAGAAUCCAGAUAUGUGUCUGUCUUGUGAGAACAUAGAAGGGCAGCCCACUUUGCAACUGAAGGAGGAGGAGAUACUGGAUCUGUACAACGAAGUCGAGCCCGUGGAGCCCUUCCUCUUUUACCACUCAAAGAACGGCAGGACCUCCACCUUCGAGUCCGUGGCCUUCCCUGGCUGGUUCAUCGCCUCCUCUGACAGAGGCCACCCCAUCUUCCUCACUUCGCACCAGGGGGGAGUGUACAAUGUUAACUUCAAUUUAAAUAUCAACGCUUGAACUCAGGCUUGAGGGGGCAGCUUGGUCAGAGGUCUUUGUGUUAAAUUUUCGAGUUCCCAGUGUGCUUUCCUCUAUAUUAUCUCAGGGUCACUUUCACAUCAGUGCUGAGAGGUGGGCAGGACCCUGUUAUCACCGCACUUUAUGAAUGACUUCAUGGCAACUGAGGCAUAGAAUGUGGGCUCAGACAUAGGAGGGAAGGGUGAUGUGAUGUAAGGUUCUGUCAGGCUGAAGCUGUUCAUCCCACAGCCAUCCCACCGUAUGAGUAUGAGGAUGUCGGGACCCAAAGACAUUAGGGCAUUCCCUGGGGCUGGAUAUGGAGAAGGCUCAGAGCUUAUGAAUCUUACCCAAGACCGGUGACUAGUGCGGAACUGAUUGUUUUUGUUUUGCUUUGUUUCCUUUCCUAUUUGGAUUAUAUUUUCCAUAUAGUUUGUAUGUUGCUAGUAUAUCUCAAGUUGUAUAAUGUAUCCUUUUAAAGGUUAAAGAACUUUUAAAGAUAA